AUGAUGGUAAAGAUACUCCAACUCUUCCUCUUGCUUUCAGCACUACUGCUUUGUGCUAACCAUGCCAGUUCUGCGCCAUCUGAAUCCAACGAUGAUCAUUCUGGAGAGGAGAAGUCCAUGUACUGCCAGAGAAACAAAGAAGAUGCCAACGAGUGCAGUAUCUAUCUACCUCCAGCCAACAAUCCUACACUGACACUUCGCAAUGGCGUCCAACUGCCACUAUUUUCUCUGGGAUUGGCCCAUUUCACCUUUGGAGCCCCUCAUGUAGGCAGCAACAAAACCUUUGUUGGGUUUUAUCCCUCCAAAUCGUUCCGACAAAUCGAAUUGGCCCUACAAAAGGGAAUUCGAUCCUUUGAUACUGCACUGAUGUAUGGCACCCAACCACACUUGGGACAAGUACUGGGACAAUGGUGGGCCUCUGGGAGACUAAAAUCACGUGAAGAUGUCUUUCUAACAACCAAAGUCUUUCACAAACCAGCCCCAAAAUUUGGAUUGAAACGCAAUCACCAAUGGAAUCUAGAUGACAUGACACCCGAACAAGUUGCUAUUCAAACAGAAGAUCAUAUUGAGCAGUGUUUGCAGGAGCUGCAAGUUGGAUACAUUGACUUGCUGUUGAUGCAUUGGCCUUCUGGAGAAGGGCAAGAGGAAGGCAUCAGCCGACAACGACGACUGGCAGCUUGGAAGGUUUUUGAAGACUUUUACCAACGAGGUUGGGUUCGAGCAAUUGGAGUUUCCAACUUUUGUGAACGACACAUGGAUCAACUCAUGCAAGAUGGAGCCACCAUUCGGCCCAUGGUGAAUCAAAUUGAAUCAUCACCAUACCUCCAGUAUGAAAGCAUUGUCAGCUAUUGCCGAGAUCAUGAGAUUCAGGCACAUGCAUAUUCUCCCAUGGGCAGUGGAUUGAUGAAUGUUCAAAAUGAUGCUGUCUUGCAGCAACUGGGCAAAGCACAUCAAAAAGAUGUUGGACAAGUGGUCUUUCGGUAUCUGAUUCAGAAAGGGUAUGCCAUUGCAUUUCAAACCAACUCACCAGAACGAAUGGUCAGCAAUUUAGAUGUAUUGGACUUCGAAUUGGAUGAGGAGGAAAUGAAAGCAAUCUACGGGUUGAUUCGCGUCAAUGGGAGCUUUGGAUUGCCCAGUCCUCACGAUUUGCCAUGA